UUAAAGACAACAAAUAAUUGGUAAUAUUUGCGUGAGACCACGUCGAUCGUUCGCUGUGGUAUCUACAUUUUGUUUUUGUAUUUUCAAAGCCAUUCUUUUUUCGAAACGUUCAAUAUGAAGCACAACGAGAACGCUUGGAAUUUCAUUUUUCCGCUCUUAGUUAACCUCGCAAUGUCAGUCAGUGCGUAUUUUUUAACCGUACGUUUAAUACCGAGGAUAAAAGAUAUGUUUAUUAAAGCUAACCUAUACGGGAUUGAUAUGAAUAAAAGUGGUGGUGAAAAAGUACCAGAGGCAUUUGGUGUUGUCAGUGGAUGCCUUUUUCUUAUAACACUCUUUCUGUUUAUUCCUAUACCAUUUACAAAUUAUAUAUUCAAUCGUGUAAACUUCCCUUAUAACGAGUUCAUGGACUUUUUGGCUGCUCUACUUUCAAUAUGUUGUAUGCUACUUUUGGGUUUUGCUGAUGAUGUUUUGGAUCUUCGUUGGCGGCACAAAUUAUUGCUACCAACUAUUGCCUCCUUGCCACUUUUAAUGGUGUAUUACGUUAAUUUCAAUUCUACAUUAAUAAUUGUGCCAAAACCCUUAAGAUUUUGGUUUGGUAUGUCUGUGGAUCUAUGGAUAUUUUACUAUAUAUACAUGGGGAUGUUGGCAGUAUUCUGCACAAAUGCAAUAAAUAUAUUGGCUGGCAUAAAUGGUUUAGAAGUUGGACAAAGCUUAAUAAUUUCAAUAAGCAUUCUUGCUUUCAAUAUCAUAGAACUAUCAGGAGACCUUUGGAAAGCACAUCAGUUCUCAUUAUAUUUUAUGCUUCCAUAUAUAGCUACUUCAUUGGGCUUACUUAAAUUCAAUUGGUACCCAGCACAGAUAUUUGUAGGUGAUACGUUUUGUUAUUUAUCUGGAAUGACGUUUGCUGUUGUUGGCAUUAUCGGACACUUUAGCAAGACAACUUUACUAUUUUUCAUUCCACAAAUAAUUAAUUUCCUUUAUAGCGUACCGCAAUUAUUUCACUUUGUUCCCUGCCCUAGACACAGAUUACCGAAAUACAAUAAAGAAAUAGACAAAUUGGAAAUCAGCAGUACAUCAUUUAAUAAAAAAGAUAUUGGUGUUAUUGGUAAACUCGUAACGUGGAUAUUUAGAAAAUUAUAUAUCGUAAAUUGGCGAGAAGACGAGAGAGGCGUUGUUACUUGCAAUAAUUUCACUUUGAUUAAUUUCGUAUUAAUUAAAACUGGCCCAAUUAAAGAAUCUACGCUCACAUGCAUCUUAUUGUUAAUUCAGAUUAUUUGCAGUUUAUUGGCAUUCGUCAUAAGGUACCCUCUUGCUUCGAUAUUUUAUGAUGUUUGAGAAGGCACAUGUUUAAAACCAGGGUAUAUAAAUACAUAUAUAUGUAUAUAUCAUCAUCUUAUAAAACUGUAUCAUCGUUUCAUAAUAAGACAAUAUGUUGGCCAUCAGAUUUUUUUUUAUAUAAGAAUUUUUUUAUACAUAUAUAAGUACUUUCAAGGUGACGCAUUUAUUAUUAAUGUAAUUGUACAUUUAAUAAUCGUUGCAAGCAGUGUAAAUAGUAUUGUACUUUUCUCAGGAAAUAAAUAUGUUCCUUUCCAGUUUACCAGUCAUAUUGGCCUACAGUUAUAGAUGUCAUGAUACUGAGUAUCAGGUUGUAAUAUAAUAAAAUAAAAUAUGUAAUAAUACAACAAUAAUAUUAAUGUUGACAUACAUGAAUUUUACAUGGAUCAAUUAAAAAUGUUUUAUAUGUUUUAUCUACAAAGUACAAUAUUAUCUCGUUGUAAGUCGUCUGUUCGAUAAGAGCAACUUAUAACGAAACAGCUCUCUAUUUUACGGGCUUUGUUACUUGCCCGGAUGAACGUAGUAGGUUGCACAAACCAAAGGCAAAAUUGGGCAAAUUUGAUUCACAAAUAACAAUACGAAUACAAAUUUUAGAUUGAUUCACAACAUAGGUAAAUAAUAAAUGUUGCAAAUAGGAUUUUCAUGAUCAUGAUCUUUGUAGAAGUACAUGUUAAUACAAAUUUGUAACGUUGAAUAAUUAAAUCGACAACAGGCGUCAUAUCGCUGUACCUUAUAUCUAACAAAAAUAAAACAAGUAUUAUAUAAAUGCAAUUGUCAGAAGUUUUGUCUGGUUAAAUUUACUCUAGAAA